CUCAAAGAGGAAAGGAAGGAUGUAUCCUAUUGGAAACUGACGAUCUAAACUAAAAGAAAGGAGAGUAGCAGAGACUUCAAAAUGUUGAAAACUCUCUUAUCACAACAGAAGCUAAAAACUCUGAUGUCCAGAGUCAUAAAGACAAGAAACAGGAUCACAACAGCAAGGAAAAUAUAGAUUAAACAAUAACAGAAGAGAGAGAAAAUUUAUGUAAUUUGGGACAUUCCAGGACAAAGAACAGAAGAACAGACCGAGGAGAGGCAGCACUGCGCAUGUGCAAGACAGGAACCCACGUCUCCAGGAUGACCCCAGAACCAAGGAUCUUCAGUCCACAGAACUCAAAGAAUAGAAGUGUUGCCACUGGAGCCCUUUACGAAGCAAGAAGUCCUUCAAUAAGGAAAAUCUGGCCUCCUGCACCGCAAGGCUGUCUCCACUACUCCUCUGCUUAUGGGUGAAUGAAAAUGGCCACCCCAGCCCUGAUUGGACAACAUCCUUCAUUUCACAUGUCAGCAAUCAUGUAUUGCACAGCGAUGUACAGCUAUCAAGUACCACUUUUCUCAGCCGAUACGCUUACGAAACAUUCCUUUCAAUUUGACCAAGACAAUUCAGCAAGAUGAAUGGCACCUGCUUCAUUUAAGAAGAAUCACUGCUGGCUUCCUGGGCAUGGCUGUGGCCGUCCUGCUCUGUGGCUGCAUUGUGGCCGUGGUCAGCUUCUUCUGGGAGGAAAGCCUGACCCAGCAUGUGGCCGGACUCCUUUUCCUCAUGACAGGAAUAUUUUGCACCAUUUCCCUCUGCACUUACGCCGCCAGCAUCUCCUAUGAUUUGAACCGGCUCCCGAAGCUAAUUUAUAGCCUGCCUGAUGAUGUGGAACACGGCUACAGCUGGUCUAUCUUUUGUGCCUGGUGCAGUUUAGGCUUUAUUGUGGCAGCUGGAGGUCUCUGCAUCGCUUACCCAUUUAUUAGCCGGACCAAGAUUGCACAUCUAAAGUCUGGCAGGGACUCCACGGUAUGACUGUCCACACUCAAGUCCACUGCUUGGUGGCCCGUCCACAGUGCGGACGACCCUGGAAGGGGACAGAGCAGAGUUUGAGUCAGGAUCCCAAGCACAAAAUCGGUCUUUUACAUUCCAGCCUGUUGCCUGCCAGCCCCUUCUGGAUGACUGAUGUCAAAUCACGCAAAACCUCCAUACCUUUCUAAGGACAAGACUACUGUGGAUUCAAGUGCUUUAAUGACUAUUUAUGCUUUGACUGUGAAGAGUAGGGAGCAGUGCCAUGGAACAUUUCUGGGUUUAGAAAAAGAGGAAACCGCAAUGGAAAAAUUUGUCUGAUUGCCAUUUAUUUCAGAAAGUUUGUACAUAACAAUUACCCGAGAGUCAUUUCUAUUUGCAAAAGGAUUCAUGACAAAGCGAGUAUAAUUUUCUUGUCAUUGUACCAUGCUUGUUAAAUUUAAUGCAGCACCUUCAGAACUUGUCCUAAUGGUGUCUUGUUGUGUCAGCACCAAAUAUUUGUGCAUUAUUUGUGGAUGUUUUUUGUCACAGGAAGAUUCUUCUGUUGCCUUAUUUAUUUUUAAUUGAAGUCUCUUCUCCAUCUUUGUACUGGAAUCAAAAUCAUAAGAGAAACAGAUCAACCAUGGAAGAGCUAACCUGUAAUGCUAUGCAGUAUUGUUAGAAGUCCUAUCUGUUGUUCGACCUGUCUCUUUAUGUUAACCGGAUUUCUGCAUUAAAUGACUGCCCCCUUGUUAA